AUGGUUAAAGUAAGAGCAACUAAUAAAUCUUUAUCUAUUAAAGAUAGAUACAACGGCAGAAAGAAGACUGUAGUUGAAAAGAUUGCACCAAUUAAACAAAUGUAUCCAAGAAACAUUUUUAAGAAUGAAACAGACAAGUCAGCAGGUGCUAUUCUUAAGUACAUUUUGAAGAAUGAAAGAACCACAAGAUGUAUGGAAAGAGACAAUACACUAGUCUAUAUAGUUGAUGUUAAUGCAACUAAGAUAGAAAUUAAAGCAGCUAUAACUGAGAAGUACAACCAACCAGUUAAGAAAGUCAGAACACUUAUUAUGUUUAAAGAAUAUGCUAAGAAAGCUUUUGUGGUAUUUAAAAAUCCUGAAGCAGCACUUGAGAUUGCUGGAAAGGCUAAUGUUCUAUAA